AUGAAGCAUGAUAUAGAUAAAUUCGACACGAGUGAUUAUGCGGUUGAUAAUGCGUAUGGUAUUCCGCUCGCUAAUAAAAAGGUUCCGGGUCUGAUGAAGGACGAGAAUAACGGCGCGAUCAUGACCGAAUUCAUCGGGCUUAGAGCGAAAAUGUAUGCCUUACGCGUCGAUGGUAAGAGAGACACAAAGAAGGCUAAAGGCGUCAAGAGCAACGUUGUAGCAAAGUCGAUAACAUUCGACGAUUACGUGCGAUGUCUGCAGGACGAAACUGAAAUGACGCGAAAGCAGUCUUGCAUAAGAUCCAAGCUGCACGAGGUGUAUACAACGUCUGAAACGAAAAUCGCUCUAAGUCCGCAUGAUGAUAAGCGAUACAUUAUACCCGAUUCUGUCAAUCAUUUUACUCUACCAUGGGGACAUUAUAAGAUACCAUUGUAA